UAAGUCAGAACAGAAUCAAACUUCUCUUUUAUUUCUUUCUUUUCUCUCAGCUUUGAUCAAACAGAAAAAAAAAAACCGAAGUCAAAAAAAAAAAAAAAAAAAAAAAAAUUAGAAAAACAACAGAGAAGAUUCAUUUGUUUGCAGCAGCCCGUUGUUCUUCAAACCUCUGCAAGUGUGGUGGUGUACUAGUAGAAGGAAAUUACUGGGAAUUUAAUUUUUUUCGUUUAUUAAGAAUGGACCAGCAAGGGCAUGGUCAAGCUCCGGCAGUUGGAACAGUGAGUGGUGCCGGUCAAGUUCCAUAUGGUAGUGCAUACCAACCAAAUCAAGUUACUGGGGCACCUGUCCAUGGUUCUGCACAACCCUCUGGGGCACAGAUGGCUCAGCACCAGCUUGCUUACCAGCAGAUUCAUCACCAGCAGCAGCAGCAGCUACACCAGCAACUCCAGUCCUUCUGGCAGAAUCAGUACCAGGAUAUUGAGAAGGUCACAGAUUUUAAGAACCACAGCCUUCCCCUGGCGAGGAUCAAGAAGAUCAUGAAGGCUGAUGAGGAUGUCCGGAUGAUCUCAGCUGAGGCUCCUGUUGUGUUUGCACGGGCGUGUGAGAUGUUUAUACUUGAGCUGUCACUGCGAUCAUGGAACCACACUGAGGAGAACAAGAGGAGGACCUUACAGAAGAAUGACAUUGCAGCAGCGAUCACAAGAACCGACAUCUUUGACUUCUUGGUGGACAUUGUGCCAAGGGAGGAUUUGAAGGAUGAUGUGCUUGCCACUCUCCCAAGAGGAACAGGCAUGCCUGUUGCUGGCCCUGCAGAUGCACUUCCCUACUACUAUAUGCCGCCGGCACAAAAUCCAGCUCAGGCUGGACCUCCAGGUGUGAUGAUGGGAAAUCCUAAUGCAUAUGCUGCACAGUCUCAGCCAUACAUGGGUCAGCCAAUGUGGCCUCAGCAACCACCACAGCGACAGCAAUCUUCUUCUGAUGCUUAGCAUCCUUCAAUGUAAAGCAGAUGGGAAUGAGAACGCGGAUGCUGAAUGAGGACGCGUAAGCUGAAUGCAAGCUGGGGAUAGAGCGACAUUUUGGUUUUCUAUAAUCAGAGUAGCUUUAUCUUUGGUAGAACCUGUGUUUUGUUACCUUGUGUAGUUUGUUUCACCUCAGUUGUUACUGCGAGGUACUUGAUUUAAUGGCUGUCAUCAAUAGCUCUGCUACUAGAUAUUAGUUGGUCUUCUUUACCGAAUUAGAAUGCAUAAGUAGGACAGUUCUGUUUUGAGUUAUCUAAACUCUGCCAUUGAAGCCUUUUAGAAGGUUGAAUGCAUGACUUAUCUUACAGUUUAGUUAUUGGUGUUCAUGUGGAUUUA